GGAGUAGUGAUAGUUGUUAUAUAAGUUCAGCACACUUUUUAAGUUCAGCAUGUAUAUUGUGAUGUGAAGUCUGUACAACGAGCAAGUUAGUGAUGCAAUGUAUAUUUUGUAGUGAUGUGAUGGUACGUGGUAUUGUCGAGUCUGUUUGGAAUUCAAUAAGCUGUGAUUGGAAUCAUAAUACUUAUGGGUGAAACAGUCCACGAACAAUAAUGGAUGACUACAGCCUAUUGACAAUCUCCUUAUCGCUUCUGUUAUCCUGGCUGCUUUACUUUCUCACAGUCAAGAUCCUACGAUGGAGAGUCCUUCCCCCAGGACCUUGGGGUCUUCCCGUGGUGGGCUACCUGCCCUGGCUUGAUCCUGAACAUCCUUACCUGUCCUUCACUAAUCUGGCCAGGAACUUUGGUCCGAUCUACAGCAUCCAGAUGGGGCGGCUGUCCACGAUUGUUAUCACUGAUCCUAAACUGAUCAAGCAGGCUUUCAAUAUGGAUGCUCUGACUGGGAGAGCCGAUCUAUAUUUGACGCAUGGUAUUAUGAAGGGAUAUGGUUUGAUUUGCUCUGAAGGUCCAAGAUGGAGGGAACAGAGAAAAUUUGCAGCUACUUGUCUGAAGAAUCAAGGGAUGGCCAAAUCGCACCCUAAACGAGAGAAAAUGGAAGCAUUGAUUGUGAGUGGAGUGAAUGACACAAUGAUGAGAAUCACGAAUGAUGAAUCGUCAGCGACAUCUGGUGUGGAGUUUUCGCACUUUCUAAUUCACAGCAUCGGCAAUGUCAUGAAUGUGAUAAUUUUUGGGCGCGAAUAUUCCUAUGACGACCCAACGUGGAAACUGCUGACGCAUUUGGCUGAAGAGGGAGUCAAGUUGAUUGGGGUUGCUGGUCCACUCAACUUUCUACCAUUUUUGAGAGUGAUCCCCAAGUUCAGAGGCUCGAUGGACUUCAUAGUGAACGGGCUGGAGAGGACUCACGAGAUCUACCGCGAGAUAACGGCGGAACACACGGGCGAAGAGGAUGACGUGGUAGGCAGUUUCCUGCGGGAGCAGAGGUCACGUGACGACGCCAAGGUCGCUCACUCGUUCAGCGACGACCAGCUCAACUUCCUCGCAGCCGAUCUGUUUGGUGCUGGCCUGGACACCACCCUGGCAACCCUAAGAUGGUUCUUCACCAUGAUGGCUGUUUAUCCUGACAAACAGGAGAAAGUUUAUACGGAGCUGUCAACAGUGCUAGGCCAGAGUACCAAACCUUGCCUGGAAGACAGUCACCGCCUGCCCUACCUGGAGGCGGCAGUCAGCGAAAGUCAGCGACUGAGGACAGUGGUGCCAACCGGCAUCCCUCACGGGGUCAACACUGACUGUCAGCUGGGUGCCUACAGGCUGGCAAAGGGCACAAUGGUGGUACCCCUGUUGUGGGCCGUGCACAUGGAUCCCCAAAUUUGGCCCCAGCCUGACGAAUAUCGUCCCGAGAGGUUCUUGGAUGAGGACGGCAACUACAGGAAGCUGGAUGCGUUGAUGCCUUUCCAGAUUGGUAAACGUGUUUGUCUUGGCGAGGAGCUGGCAAGAAUGAUCAUUUUCCUGUACGCUAGCACCAUUUUGCAAAAAUUUAAAAUAGUAUUGCCAGAUGAUGCAAUACCUGAAGGGAAAGAUCCUUUGGAGGGAUUGUGUGGGAUUACGUUUUUACCGAAAUAUGGACGACUGAUUUUCAAAUCAAGAGUCAAUUGAGAUUUGAGAAAAUGAUUCGUGAGUGUGAGAGAUGAGUGUUUCGGAUGUCAUUAUUAUCCUGCUUAGUUAUUUCAUUUCUAUCAGAUUUUUGUAUCAUUAUGUUAGGACUUAAAACGCUAAUUUUUUAGUGUUUUUUUGAGAUCAUUAUGAUCUGUAUUACAAUGGAAAAUUUACAAGUUGUUUGAGAUACAUUAUUUUCCAUGAUAUUCCCACAGAAUCAUACUUUUUAUGAUAUUAUAAGCUUACUAUUUACAUUGUUAGAGCAAGUUUCAAUUUCUACAACUUUUUAUGUAUUACCGUACCCUUGUUCCUAAGCUAUAUAGACCUGAUACUAGCCUAUUUAGGUUGUAUAUGAGUGAUAAAUUAAUAUUAGAUAUAGUUUUAGUUAUAAGUUAUCAUAUAAUGAUAAUUAUUUUUCCUCAAAACAACAUUGGUAACGACACAUCGGUUCAUAAUUCAAGUGAAACAUCUUGGGACGUUCUUAUCCUUACUUUCAUUUGAUUUUCAUUGAGAAAUUUGAAAGUUGGAAUCCUUGUGAAUGUUUUUAAUGUUGUGACAGUUCUUACUAUUUCUAAGUUAUACUUUUUUAACUCUCCAACAUCUGAAUGUUGUCUCCAUCUGGAACAGUUUGUAGAUUUCAAUUUCGAAAUCAUUGAAUGUAUGCAAACUUUCCUAAUAAAUCCUUUUAUUUUUCAUUUCAA